CGUGAAGAUUGGUCAAAAGAGAAUGAUCAAUUUGGGCGUAAAUAGAUUAGUCAAUCAUAUGUACUCUCUAAUAGAAAAAACAACGAUAACAAAACGGAGGAGGUCUAACCACACUAUUGCAACGGUCACUCACGUGGCUAUUCAACGAAUGAACCAACAGAUCAAGCAAUAAAGCGGUCCCAUCAACGUGGCUAUGUAUAUCCCCAUAGUCUUCGCCUCGUGGAAUAGGAACCCAAGCCCCGGCCCGGGAUACGUAUCCUUUCGGACUCUAUACGAAAAACGCCAGUGUGUCACCAUAAAGAAAAUAAAAAAUAAAAAUAAAGACCGGACGGUUUUUUGACGCCGUCUCUUGCAGAGGGGCUCGGAUCUCCGAGUUACCUAGAACGGAAACCGGUCGCUGUAACGAGUUAAGUCUCUGUACCAUGAGGCAGCGGUAUGACUAACUUUCCGUUGACAUCUUUCUGCACGACGGUGAGAUUCGGACGGGUUGGAUUCAUCCGCUGGAUAUGAGGAAUGUGUAAGAGUUUAAUGGCUAGUUUAUGGAUGUAGAAUAUUGAGUAAUAACAUAAAUGACUGCUCUUCCGCUGAGGUGAACUAACCAGUAUAUAUCGACAUUAAGUCAUCUUUAUUACAUAACUUGCUUCAGAUUAUCUGCGAUAGUACCUUAAAUCCCUUCUUCCUCUCCAGAAAUAUCAAUAACAGGUACUAUGUCCAGAGCAUAGCAAGAUGGCCUCAUCAAGCACCACAAAAACUAUCGCAUUCAUGGGUGCCUCCGGGGGCAUCGGCCUCGGCGCAUUAACCCGAGCCCUCGGCGCCGGCCACAAAUGCAUCGCGCUCUGCCGAACGCCGUCCAAGCUCGCGGACAAGUUCCCCUCAGACAAGUACCCGAACCUCCGAGUCGUGCAAGGUAACGCGCACGACUCCGCGGCCGUAGCCCAGUGCCUGGUCGACGGUACCACGCCCGUCGACGGUACCACGCCCGUCGACGUCGUCGUAUCGACGAUCGGCGGCGUCCUGAAGCUCUCGUGCAUGACGCUCGACGACCCGCACGUAUGCGAGAAGGGCAUGGCAGCUCUCCUGGAAGCCGUCUCCCUAGCGCGACGGCAGCACCCGCUCACAGCUCGACAGUGGCGCCCGCGCAUCAACGUGGUGAGCACGUGCGGGAUCUCGCCGGCGGCGCGCGACGUGCCGAUCCUGUUCGUGCCCAUGUACAAGCUCAUGCUGCGGGUGCCGCACGCGGACAAGAUCGCGAUGGAAUCGCUGCUUACGAACGGGGCCGGGGACCGGAACCGCGGCUACACGUACUCCAUCGUGCGCCCGAGCUUCCUGGUCGACGAGCCGCAGCCGCAACGCGAGAUCCGCGUCGGGCUAGGCGACGCGCCGGCCGUGGGGUACGUUAUUUCGAGGGAUGAUGCGGGGAGGUGGAUUUAUGAGAAUCUGCUGGAUGGGGGGAAGGCUGGGGAGGAGGGGAGGAGGUAUGAGAAUAUGAUUGCUACGAUUACUUGGUGAUGGUGAUGGUGAUAAUGAGGAGGAUGGAAGGGGAGUAGAAGGGCCGGAAGGGAUGGGAGCAGGUAACUCUGGGAUUACUUAUCUCUUACACGGUUACAGAUGUAUGAACUACAAUGUAUGUUGUUUGGUCCGGCGCCAGUCAAACGGUGUUGUUUUCGUCUG